CGUUUGGGGAGAUCAGAAGCAGUUUGGGGUCCUGGAGGGAGAGGACCGGGUCUACAGCCGGUGACCUGAACAUGUGGGCUCUCAGGACUCUGGUUCUGCUAGGACUGAGCUGCACAUGUCAAGCUGCGUCUGUGGAUCCGUGGGCCCAGUGCAGGGUGAAGUGUAAAGACAAGUUUGGAGACGGGUCCUGUGACAAAGACUGCAUGGAGCCCGAGUGUCUUCGAGAUGGUUUUGACUGCCUGAAGGACCGGGGUCACUGCAAUCCAGGCCACACCGAAUACUGCCGGGCUUAUUACGCCAGCGGCCGCUGCGACCAGGGCUGCAACAACGCCGCCUGCGGAUGGGACGGCAGCGACUGCUUCAAAGACCAGACCCCCAUCUGGGCCGAAGGCUCUCUUCUCCUUCACACCAAGAUCCCAAAGCAAAACCUCUCCGCAUCCAUCAGCCCCCUGCUCUGGACACUCAGCGUCCUCCUCCAGUCCCCGCUCAAACUGAGGGGCUCCGUGGCCCUCGCUGCCAGCAGGAACCUGUUUGAAUUCAGCCCUCAGGAGCUCGCUGAGCUGCUCACUCAUUCUUCCCUGGCUGACUCAAAUGGCUCCCUCCUUUUCCUCCAAGUGGACAACAGGCCGUGCUCCCGAUUACCGUCUACCUGUUUCCCUUACGCUACCGAGGCCGCCAGUUUCCUACGCGCCGUGAUGUUGCUGAAGCCCUCCACAUUCUCCACCUUCGCCCAGUUGAAGACUGUGAUCAGUGUUAGAGGUGUCCCAGAGGAAAUAGGAAGUAGGGAGGAGGAAAUGGAAGUCAAAGAGCCGACCCCCACGUGGAUAUGGGCUGUAGUCGCCAUAGCAGUUGGCCUUCUGCUCGUGCUGCCCCUGCUGGUGGUCUUUGUGAUGAGGAGGGUGAGGCGGCGGCGAGCAACAGAGAGCAACGAGAGCGUCAGGGUGAGGCACCGGCCCAAAGUCGGCAAUGACGACGAGGACAGCAAGACCAAGGCCUGUAUGCAGCACACGGCCCAUCAGGAGAGGGUCAAAGCCAGCAGAGAAAAAGAGAAAAUGAGCCUCAGGAAGAAGAAGAAAGCAAAGGAGGCAGAGAGGAAGAGAAGGCGGGAACCACUGGGGGAGGACGCCAUCCGAAUGCGGCCCCUAAAACGUGACCAGGAUCCAGGAAGUGACACAGACUUUACCCAGAGUUCAAUGGAAGACAUCACCAUGAGAAGUUCCAGACGACAAGAAGACGCCUCCAUCUGUGACCACAGGAGCCCGGAACAGAGACACUUUCGGGUCGGAACCUCUCAGACCCACAGGCCUGUGCAACCUCCACCUAGAGGAUGGGAGAGGAGCGCCAUGCCUCCUCCUCUGCUCAGUCCUCCGCAGCAGUCAGCAGAGUGGUGUGGCCCAGAUGGGUCUGUGGUUCUGAUCCGAGCCGUGCGCAGCGGGUUGGACAGGGUGGUCCUGGAGCUGCUGCAAGCAGGAGUUCCAGUCAACAACACAGAUCACACUGGGAGGUCGGCCCUGCACUGGGCAUGUUCAGUAAACCACCUCUCCCUGGCGAGGACCCUCAUCCGCUACGGGGCUGCCGUGGACCUCCAAGACAACAAGGGGGAGACGGCGCUCUUCCUAUCCGCCCUCCACGGCUGCUACGACACGGCCAGGCUCCUCCUCCUUCACGGCGCCAACCUGGAGCUCCACGACCGGCGGGGUCGUCGUCCGAUCGACGUGGCCCGAGAGGCCAUGCACCACCAGGUCCUGGAACUCCUGCUGGCUCACCAGAUCCAGAGGAGACCCGUGCCCGUCGCCCCCGUCAGCGACAUGACGUGGGAGGAGCACGCUCUGAUGUACUCCACGUGGGUCGGAUCACAAGUCCUGCCCGGGAGGAGCGCCUCCUUUUCUGGCAUCGUCGGCCAUCGAGACCUGAGCCCACCGCCACAAACGGAUUGGUCGAUGGGUCGAGUUCAGUACCCCUCCCCUCAGAGCUGGCGACCGCAGCUGAACCAAUCAGCGACGGCGCUCGUCCCUCCGAGAAUCAUGGGCCGCCCCCCUCGGCCGAUCAGCACCUUACAGGAGGUGACCUCAGAAGACGAAGACCGCGACAGGAGUCAGGAAGUCCCCCGGGCCACCACGCCUCACUUCCUGUCGCCCCAGCCCGCCCCCAGGCAGCGCUCCUUUUCCUGCACCCAGCAUGCAUUGCAGCGGCGCUCCAGCUCCCACCAGCCCGAGCCCAAUUACCUGAUCGUGACGGACAGAGCGGCCGACGAGCCCAUCGAGAGGGUGCUGGUCUCUCCUCCCCCGGACGCCGCCGCCCAGCCUGAACGCCAGCCCGCCGUGGCCGGAGAACAAACAACAACAACGGAGCAGAAAGCUGGAGGCGACAGGUCCAACAGCGCCGCCGACGCCACACAAACCGUCCUGUAGGGAACAGAAAGUUCAGCUGGUUUACUUCAGAAGAGACAUGACGGACAGGAAGAACGGGACAAUGUGGGAGGAGUUUGGACUCUGAGCAGGAAGUCACCUGACUGAUGUUUUCCCUUUUCACUUUGGUCUUUUUGUUGUACAUUUUUAUGUAAGAAUAAAUCUGUUUAAAUCUGUAUAUUUGAAUUAAAACACACUUAUUGUAAUUUUUGCUGAAUUACUUGAGGAAAACUAAAUAAAAGUCUGAAUAGUUUUACAGAAACAUCU